AGGCGGAGUCUCAGUCACACCAGGGGAGGCGCUGAGGCGGUCACGUAGCUCAGGUUCCCGGGCAGUGGCCGCGCGCGUGUAGCCUUGUGCUUCUGCUCCAGCCUACCGUCUCUCCGCCAUCAUGCCGAUGUUCGUCGUGAACACCAACGUGCCGCGUGCUUCUGUGCCGGAUGGGCUCCUCUCAGAGCUCACCCAGCAGCUGGCGCAGGCCACGGGCAAACCGGCUCAGUACAUCGCAGUGCACGUGGUUCCGGACCAGCUUAUGGCCUUUGGCGGCUCGAACGAACCCUGCGCGCUCUGUAGCCUGCACAGCAUCGGCAAGAUUGGUGGCACGCAGAACCGCUCCUACAGCAAGCUGCUGUGCGGCCUGCUGGCCGAGCGACUGCGCAUCAGCCCCGACAGGAUCUACAUCAACUACUACGACAUGAAUGCGGCCAAUGUGGGCUGGAAUGGCUCCACCUUCGCCUGAGGGCGGCGCCGUCCUGGAUUCGCUUCCAGUACCCCUCCGGUGCCCCGAGCUCCGGGGCCCAGACUCCCGCAGUGUUGUGUGCCGGUUCUCCCCCUGCGAGCCCCACCACCAGGAGAAAUAAAUGGUUUGGAGAAGA